AACACAUCUCCAUUCUACUCUCAAUUGAAAGCAAUGGACCAAAUUGAACGUGAUAUUGCCGGUCCUCGAAACGAUGAUGUGUUAACGCUUCAAUAGAAACAUCGUUCAAGACACAUUUAGGAAGAGGAAGAUUUUCUUGAUGCAAAAGUUUUUUGUUGCCGUGUUACGGAGAACUGAUACUCCAAAAAUGGGAGGAUGUGCUUUGCUUCUGCAACUUUGGGCUUGGACACGGAUAAUAACAAUAUGCCCUGAAACGCGCAAUCUUUGACGCGAUGUUCAUGGACCACUCCGUAAUGAGGGAGACGAGCCAUAUGGCACACGCACCUUACGAUGUUCAUGACCAAUUGGAUCCUGACGUACCAGUAGGUACCAGAGGAGAUCGCUAUGAUCGUUACUGUAUUCGUAUCGAAGAGAUGCGACAAAGUGUUCGGAUCAUUGUGCAAUGUCUUAAUAAAAUGCCUAGUGGCAUGAUCAAAUCCGAUGAUCGUAAGCUGUGUCCUCCAUCACGAUCUCGAAUGAAACUAUCCAUGGAAUCGUGCGCCGUGUGAAACGUAGAUCAUCGCCGUUCUUAACCGAGACUCAGGUUAAGCUCCGUCUCGGAACCUUGUGGGGUUAGGAGUAAAGCAUCCCGAGGUUGGCGCAUCUCGUUAAG